AUGUUCUUCUCACCCUUCAUCACUGGCCUCCUCCCAAUCCUAGCGGCUACCUCCACACAAAUCGAAACUUCCCAACAUCCCAGCAUAUUCAUCCUCAGCGAUCAUACAUCCAGCACAUCGGCACUAGGGAAUGCCCUCCAAACGUUAGGAUACACACACAUCUCACCCAAAACAUUGAAUAAUUCGUUAUCACACCUCAGCACUCAUACAUUUACUGAACUCCCCACCAACGCUGCGGCAAACGAGCUCAUGAUACAAUACCCAAAUACGAAAUUCAUCGUCCCUAUUUCCUCGACGCGGAAACAAGAGAAUCGUGAAAGUGAAUUGGAGAGAAGACCAUGCGCCAAUAGCUGGCUUACUCAUUUGGCUGCUUGGAGUAGAUUAUCCGAAUUCGCUUCGGAUAUCGACUCGGUGGAAGUGAUCGAUGUUGCUCAGCACGAGGAACUCAAUUCUAUCAGAAGCUCACUCGAGAAAGAAGGAAGGUUGUUAGAAAUCUCACUUGAUGAACGAGAACACUAUAGAGGGGAGAAGUGGCUGAGAUUGUGCAAGUUUUUGGAUUUGGGUUAUAGUGUGGUGGAGAGAUUGAAUCUGAAGGAGUUUCCUUCGUCUGGGGAAUUUGGUAGGAAGGCUCCAGGGUGGGGUGCAAAUCUUGGAAAGUGGGGGUUGGUGGUGCAGGGGAGUGGUGUUUGA